AUGAGUUGUAAUAGCAGUCGAUCAACCGUGGAGAACCCCAAGGGGUUUGGGGAUACUAGUGUUAAUGUACUAGCUAUAGAUUCUGAAGAACAGAAAUCUAAGGAGACUUCCACGAACCCAUCGGUUCACCAACAGGAGGGAGAAAUUGAUUUGUCUACUUCAGAUGCCCUAGAAUCAGUUAAUGAGGAGAAACGACAACGAACUUUGUCACAAAAAGCAAUUCACAAUGCAAUACAAAAUAAAAGCACUGAACUAAAUAAAGCAGAAAAAUCAUUAUAUAUGUCAUCAGAUACUGUCUUGACCGCAUUGGAGAAAAAUAUUACGGAUAAGGAGAUAGAAACUGUCCUUGCACCAUUACAACAAGCUUACACCAAGUACCAAGCAAUACUCAAAGACAUUGAGACACUUUCUGAACAAGACAAGUGGGGUGAAGCCCGUACCCAUAUUACUGAAGUAACGGAAUAUGCCCAAACCGCUUUAAAAUAUGCUUCUACCGCAAUGAACAAAGCAAAAAGCCAACAAAGUCGCCUUGCCACCAAAACAGGUUCGAUCAGUUCUAAACAUACACGCAGCACCAAGUCAUCACGCACAUCUGCAACCUCCAGUAACGUCUGGAGGUGGGCAUUAGCCAAAGCUGCCGCAGCCCAGAAGGAAGCUAAAUUCGAGCAAUUAAUGGCCGAAAAAGAAAGUGAGAAAACGCAACGCGAACCCGAACAAGAAUUCCAUUGGGAACAAAUGCGUGCACAACAUGAACGGGACAUGGCAAUAUUAGCGGCAGAGAAGAGAAAGGCAGUAGCAGACGCUAAGCUAAAAGCCAUAGAACAGUCUAUUCGUGAAGAAGACACAACUUCCAUUCUAGCAGAAGCAGUUAGGUGUCGAAGAUGCCAGAUCACGAACCCAGUCGUGGGUGAACACACAACACCAACCAGACAACCCCUAGCAAGACCAAAAUGACAGACCUUCCCCACCCACCAAUGAACACACCGGAGAACCACCACCACUUAGUAACACACCAGCUGAAGAAAAACGAGAUGGUGUCACAAAGGAUCAAUUCCAGUCGUUUAUCCCCACGGGCUUUGCAGGAAAUCAACCUAUAUAUAAACUGCUGACCACACACCCGGAAGUUGUCAUUGCAAACCAGUGUAUCGAAGGAAUAGCACAAACCAACCAACAGAUAGUAGCCAGCCUAGCCAGUCAGAAUUUACCGAAAUGCCACCCUGAUGUGUUCGACGGUGAUGCCACCUUGUUCCACCCUUGGAAAGGGUCGUUCCAAGCAAUGACCCAAGACGCAAAUCUAAGCCCUUCCCAGGAGAUUGCUUACCUACGGAACUACACGAAGGGAAAUGCUCAGGAUCUGGUCAACCACUUCAGGAAGAGACAACAAGAUGACCCCACAGCCACCUUACGUGGACUCUGGAAAGAGUUGGAAUGA